AUGCGCACCGCCUUUCACAUUGCUGGUGCGGACAACCUCGCCAAGAAGGGCGACUAUGUUCAAAUAGUUCAGCUAUACAAUGUUCUACGACAAAACAAGCUACUGCCUGCGAAUUGUGUCUGGGAAGAUCUUGAAGAAUUUUGGAGGCUUCAGGGCAACGCCUCCUUUUUCGUUGGUGAUCCGCCCGAGAGUUACUUCGCCUGCGCCAAAAAUUACAGCAUAAGUAUCGGGUCGUCUGUUUUAAACUGGGCACCUGGGAGAAUAAAGAGAACAUUGCGCUUUCAGCUGAAUUCGGCAAAUAUUCGAAAGCUAAAGACAUUGGCCUUUAUGUCUCGUUAUGUCCACACAAGCACUUGCGGAGGUGGUCCGCGCGUGACGCUGUCGCUGAUGAGCGUUUCAACAACUCUUCAAACCUCUGUCCAACGACGCUAUACAGAUAGCAAAGGUAAACUCGAUAAGGUAUUUGCGCAAGAGGUGCUGGAGUGUUGCGCUGCCAUUGAAAAGCUACAAGCUCGGGGCAUUGCACAGAAAAUAGCCGCCGAGUUCGAAAGGGAUGAGACUGAGCUCUAUUUCAACCUGUAUCGUCUCCAGCAUCAGAUAUCCCAGGUGACGGAAAGAAUAUCCGAACGAGUGCAUCCCUCUCUUCUCGAAGGAGAUGAUCUGAACACCAUAUCGACUCUAAAAGCACUCUGUGACUCGUUUCUCUUUUUCCCGUCGGCCUGUGACACCAAUACAGAGUGCAGAAAUAUGAUGUUGAAUCAGGGUCUACCCGCUAUUGGUGAAGCACUGGCGGAUUGGAUAUCAGAAGGCAAUGGAGACGUUGUCUUGAAAGAAAUGCAGGACAGAGAGAAUCUACAGCCGGGCAAUGCCAGUGGUCUUAAGGUAGACGUUGAGCGUAUAUGGUCCUUUAAAACCAUUCAAAAGGCUGUUGGUAAGAUUAUGGCUAUGAGGAGGAAGAGGUUAGGGAGACAAUCAGGGCGGUAUUAG